AUGUUAAAGGAGAGUUUAGUAUUUUCUGGAGAGACAAAUCCAAUAAUAUCAACAACAACAACAAAAACAACAAAAACAACAACAACAGGAAUAACUACACCUUCUACACCAAUACCAAUAAUAACAACUACACCAAAAACUACACCAGCAAUAUUACCAAAUAGCCCAUUAAUGCUCGCAGUUAGAGAUGUAGAAGGAGCAAUAAAGAAAUUAACUUGUGGUAGUCCAUCUUCCACAUCAUCUUUAUUAGCAGGUACAUUAUCACCAAGAACAACAUCACCACCAACUAUAUCCAAACCACCAAAACAUGAUUCACUUUCUUAUAAGAUAUUAUUGGAAAUGAAAAAUAAUUCCUCAUCAACACCAUCCUCACCAAUACCAACUCACCAACCUCCUUCGCCUUCAUCAAUACUUGAGUGUAUUUCAAAUGGUAAUUUUAAUGAUAGCAGCAGCGGCAGCGGCAGCAGCAACAACAGUAGUAGUAAUAAUAAUAAUGUAUCAUCACCACCACCACCUCCACCACCAACUCCUGUUUAUCCACGUAGUAGUGUAAGUGGUAAUGGUAAUAAUAACAGUAAUAAUAGUAUUUCAUCACCAACAUGGGGAUUACCAAUUGGACUUCAUUCACCAACAAUGGGAGGUAAUCAAGAGUCAUCGCCAUCACCAUCAACAUCAGUUCAAUGCGUUUUUAAAGAAUGUAUUCUCUGUAAACGUGGUAGUCCAUUUGCAAAUAGUCAAUCACCAACAUGGGCAUGCAUAAUGAAAAUAGUAUUCUUUUGUCUUCAAUUGGAAAUGCCUCAAAAACCAUUUUUAAAUUUAAAGACUGAUGUUUAUGGUUUUAUGACUGCACAUUGGAACCUUUUAUGUUUGGAUAAGAAAAGAUCGGAUAAUUGGCAUAAACAAAUUCAAGAUAUGUUAAGUCAUAGUAAAAAUUUAUUUGAAAGUGGUAUGGAACAAUACAAACAAAAUGGUUAUUGGAGAAUGAGACAAAUCUCUGAUCCAUGGGAUGAAAUUAAAGCAAAGAAAAUCAUUACAAAAAGAAAAAGAAGUUAUAGCGAAAAUGAUUCAUCAAGUGUUGUAAAGGAUACUCAUAGUUAUAGUCAACGUGAUAUUUUACAUUCUCCAAAAUCUUCUUCUACAAAUACUUCUCGUGAUCAUAAGGAUAAAGAUCAUAAAGAUCAUAAAGAUAAAGAUAUUAUUGAUGUCACACCAAUUAAAGAUAAUAUGAAAAAAUUAACAAGUGUUGCACUUGAAGAAGAAAUGAGUAGUGAUGAUUCAAAAGAUGAAAUAUUAUUAGGUUCUUCACCAAUUAAUUCACCAAUUAAUGAUAAUAAUAAUAAUACUACAACAUCAACAACAACAGCAACAACAACAACCACCACAACAACAACUUCAACUUCACCAAUUAAUAUAAUUUCAACACCACAUUCACUUAAUAAUUCAAAUAAUAGUAUUCAUUCACCUUCUCAACAAUUACCAAAUAUCUCAAAUAAUAGUAAUGUUAACUCUUUAACAACGUCACCAAUUUCAUCAACUAAUAAUAGUUUAAAUAAUAGCUCAAAUAAUAAUAAUAUCUUGUAUCAUAGUUCAAUCGAUAAACAAAUUCAUGAAAACUUUAAUCAAUUAACAACUCAAUUAAAAAUUAUGAAAGAAACUUCUUCACUCUCUUCAAAUAAUUUGUUAUCAUCAUUACCAAAUGGUAAUGGCAAUAAUAAACAAAGACAUACUGGUCAAAGAAAAAGAGCACAUACUGAAAGUAAUAUUAAUAAUGGUAGUAUACCACCACUUCCAAUGACCCCAAUGAUGUCUGGAUUUUUCUCACCAAAUAAUCAAAAUACAUUAAUUGGAAAUGCUAACACUUUGGAUUCACCUAUUUCUCCAAGAAUGAAUAAUAUUAAUAAUAAUAAUAAUAAUAAUAAUAAUAAUAAUAAUAAUAAUAAUAAUAAUAAUAAUAAUAAUAAUAAUAAUAAUAAUAAUAAUAAUAAUAAUAAUCAUCAUAAUGGCAUUUCAUCACCAAGAGGUUUAAAUAAUAAUAAUAAUAAUAAUAAUUAUAAUAAUAAUAAUAAUUAUAAUAAUUAUAAUAAUUAUAAUAAUAAUAAUAAUCAUAAAGUUUCAUCUUCAUCCUCAACAAAUUUGUUAAAUAAUUUAUCAUCCUUAUCAUCAACACCAUCCUUAUCUCAACAUCUACAACAAACCAAUGGUAGCUCUGAAGUAUCAUCAUCCAAUAGUAGUAAUACCAAUACACCUCCUUUAUCGAAUAUGGAAACCAUUAUCGAUGAAAUUGAUGAUCCAUCAUCAUCAUCGUCAACUGUAAACACAAAAAACAAUAAAGAUAAUAAUAAUGAUGAUCAAGUUAAAGAGAUUAAAGAACUUAAAGAACAAUUGAAACAAAUUACUGAAAAUUUAAAAACUAUUAAAGAGAAUUCAUUAACUUCUGAUAAAGAAAUCAUCUCUAUUCAAAUCAAUAAAGAGAUUGAAAGAAUAUCCUUGGUUUUAAAUCCACACACCCAAUCACCAUCAACAUCUUUGUCCUCCUCCACAACUACAACACCAUGUUCAUCCUCAUCAUCAUCAUUCAUAAAUCUAUCAUCAUCAUCACAACCACAAUCACAAUCACAAUCACAAUCAAUUGAUACUGAAAUGAAAAUCAUCAAAAAUGACACAACCAAUGAAGACGAUGAAAGAAGUGUUCCAACAACGUCUGGUUUAGCUACACUUUCUGAUGUUAUCUUUUCAAAUAAUCUAGAUUAA